GCAAAGGGCCCACCCCGGCGCCGCAGCGGCUCUUUCCUCUCGUCUCGCUGUCUGCUUCCCGGAUAGAGGCGCGGUGGCCGGAGCAGAGCCGCUCCCGCCGUCCACAAGCCGGCGGGUUUCUCCGUGGCGGGGGUCUGGUCUGGCUGAGCCCUAGGUGGUGCCAAGAGUGGCUGCAGCUGGCUGCAGUCUUUUCCCAGGGUUUGAGCCCUAAGCGGGUGGGCAUGGAGGGGCUUCCCCGGCUUGGGGGUGGGAGUCACUCCCCUUAAUUCUGCGGAGAGAAGCGGGGAGGAUGGCGCUGGCCUCCCGCGUGCCUUGGCGACCCCAUCACCCGGCUCGGCCACUAGUCAGCCGUGGGGAGGGAGCCAGGUGCUUCACCUGUCUCCCUGAGCCUCAGUUUCCCACUCUGUAGCAACAGGGUCCUCGUCAGGGUCCAGGAGGACUGGGAUGGGGCUGGCUCUUUCCUUCUCUGGGCCCCCUGGGGAUUCUCUUUCCCCUUCUGUAAAAUGGGAUUAAACUCGCCCAUCUCGGAUUAACACCCGUAGGAACGGACAUGGGUUGCUGAAAAGCCCAGGACGCAGAAACUGAGUCCGGAGAGCGAAGUUCACCCGGGAUGACCCAGCUAGUCGAAGGAGGGGUAUGCAGAGCCAGGAAGCCGAGUGAGCGAGCUGCUUUGGAGAGGGAGGGUCACAUCGGACCCUCUGCCCACUUUGCAGGAAGUGGGGUUUGGAGGAAGAGAAGACCAGGAAGAUGGAUAAUCAUGGCAGCAUUUCCAGGCAGAGGAGGAGGACUUUGGUGUCCACUGGAGGCGGGGCUGUUGACCCAGCUGCCACCCUUACCUGAUACUCUUACCUGAUCUCGGAGGAGCCCGCAGGGCCUGGGGUUCUGGGCCAGCAACAAGUUAUAAUUGCAAACAUGGACCAAGGAACCAGAGGCGGCCCAGAGGCCCGGGGUCUGUGAGCUGCUGUUUGAGGCUGCAGGACACUGGGUCGCCAUGGGGAUAGCUGCCCUGGGCCUCCUCUGGGCAGUGCUCGUGCCCCCUCUCUCUGUGUUUGGAAUCCCCACCGAGGAGCCCACCUCUGGGGAAGCCGUGGCCUCUAGUUCCCCUGGGCUCUGUCGACGGUGCUGUGACUCUGAGGACCCCCUGGUCCUUGAUGAUGCUGCACACGCGUCCUUGGCCUCUCCGUCUGCCCUCCCGUACAUGCUGCCUGAGGUCAGGCCCUACAUUAACAUCACCAUCCUGAAGGGUGACAAAGGGGACCGAGGCCUGCUGGGCUCGCCCGGGAAGCUGGGCAGGGAGGGCCCCCGGGGGGAGCGCGGCCCCCAGGGCACCAAGGGUGCCAAGGGGCAAGCAGGCAGCCCUGGCGGCCCGUGCCAGAUGCGCUUCUCAGCCUUCUCGGUGGGCCGCAAGACGGCCCUGCACAGCAGCGAGGGUUUCCAGCCGCUGCUCUUCGACACGGUCUUCGUGAACCCGGACGGGCACUUCAACCUGGCUGCCGGCCACUUCGUCGCCCCCCUGCGCGGCCUCUACUUCUUCAGCCUCAACGUGCACAGCUGGAACUUCAAGGAGACCUACGUGCACGUCGUGCACAACGACGAGGCAGCCGUCAUCCUGUACGCGCAGCCCAGCGACCGCAGCAUCAUGCAGAGCCAGAGUGUGAUGCUGGCCCUGGCGCCCGGCGACCGUGUUUGGGCGCGGCUCUUCAAGCGUGAGCGUGAGAACGCCGUCUACAGCGACGACAUCGACACCUACAUCACCUUCAGCGGCCACCUCAUCAAGCCUGAGGACGAUUAGUGCCUCCCAUGGGGCAACUCUGGCCUGGGGUGGCCACGGGCAGGUCUGUGCCCUGCGGGGCCUCAGUUUGCCUGUCUGUAAAGUUGGCCCUGGGACCUGGCAUUCUGGGCAGGCUUCCUCCUCUUUCCUUCCCUCCAUCACCCCUCCCAGUCUGUUCCUGCCUCUCUCCUCUCUUGGACAUUUUCAGAAACCUCCUAACCUCAAUCUUCUAGAACUUUCCCAACCUUUUAGACCAGCACUUUUCAAACUUGAGUGUGCAUCUGUAUCACCCAGGGAUUGUGUGAAAAUGCUGGUUCUGAUCCAGCAGGCGUGGCGUGGGCCCAGGAUUUUGCAUUUCUAGGAGGUUCCUGGGUGAUGCUGGUCUAUGGACCCCACUUGAGUAACCAGGUCCUAUAAUUUUCACAACAUUCUGGAAUCUUCCAAACAUUCUAGAAUCUUCCCAACAUGCUUAAAUUCUCUCACCCUUCUAGGACACCCCCUCCUCUUGUCUCUUGCGCCUUCUCCCUUCUCUCUGAGCUCCUGUCUGUGCCCCGACUUGUGCAGCCGCAGUUCAUUUAUUCAGUCAUCAAACACUCACUGAGCGCCCGCUCUGUGCCAGGCUGGUGGGAAGGCUGAGGUGAACCAGACACAGGCCCUGCUCUCGGUGAGCACCCAGUCCAGCCAGGGUGGGGAGACACAGAUUCUGAAACCAGACCCAGAGAAACACAUGGGUCUCUGAUCACACAAGUCUGUGUUCUGGGCAUUCAGGCACUGUGGCCCCCCAUUACCCACCACUCCCCAAGGCUGGCAGGAUAGGGUACCCCAGGUGGGGGGUAUCCUCUGCCUGUUCCUUUCUUUUUUUCCCAAUGCCCAUCAUUAAAGCAAACCCAGGGGGGCCUUGGUCAGGGGAAAGGUGCUGUGAGGAGAGGACCCAGGGGUUAGGGGGCAUUUUGAGGUAAGGGGGCCCAGACCCAUAGCCCCCCACACGGCUGGGAUGGAAGCCUGUGAGGACUCCUACCCUCCUUAGCACACGCCCUCCCUGCCCCGCUGCUGGGCGGCUGUCAGGGCCGUGCUCAGCCCGCUUUGCCAAAGGUGCCUGGGCCUCAGUUCUCCCAGGCUGCCAGCCACUGUCAGACACUGUCGUCUGUCCCCAGGUGCUCUGACCUCCUUGGUGUCUCUCGCCAGCCCAGUGCCUCCGGCUCUCCAGGUGUUGAGGCCCCGGGUGGGCAGCUCCUGCCCAGCAGAGCCGCCUCUGGCCCGCUGCUGCCUUUACAAAUGCUGCCGGGCAAUGAGCCAGGACAGAGGGCACCGGGCUUUGGACCCCUCAGCAGGUCUGGGGAACCAAAGCGAGCAACGUUCCAGGUCAAUUGGGGGGACCCUCCUCUGAGCCAUGAUGCCAAGGGAGGCGCUGGGCGAGGCUGAGGCCAAGGGAGGGACAUCAGGACUUCUGUCCCUUCCCCCUCUCCCAGGGUGGGACAGCCUGGUGGCCCCCAGCCUUCCCCUCCCGCAACCCCAGGUGGCCCGAAUCUCUCCCCAGAGGGAGACGGCCUCCGCCCAUUGGUGCUUAUGCGGACUCCGGGGCAGAGGUGGCCCCGGUGAUGGUCUCUGGUGCUUACUCAUAGCCAGGGGCGCCAUGGCUGCACGGCUGGGGGAUGGCAGCAGGGCCUGACCCGGUGCCGUGAAGGCUGGACCUGUACAACCGCCCCCAGCCCGACUUCACCCCUGCCCUGCUUGUCCAGCAUGAUUAAAAGUUGUGCGUCUUCUUGGCAGUUCAGCCUGGCUCUUUCUGCUCGGUUUCCUUUGCCCACCUUGGGAGGACAGCCCAUCCUGUUCUGCUGGGCCCAGGUUCAGGGUCCCAGAGGGACCAAGGCAGCCCAGGGCUCCAUUCCACGUGCUCGCCACCCACAAAAGAACCAGCCUGCCUUGGUCACUCACUCAGCUGCUGUGCCUUGGAGGCAGUGGAACCAGCUCAGGGUCUAUUGUGCCGUGCCCUGGCUGUGGCCCUGGGAAAGUCCUCACAUCUCAGAGCCUCAGUCUCCUUGUCUGUAAAAUGGGAAUGGUGAUCACCUAUCUCAUGGUGUGGCCAUAAGGAUUAGAAGAGAGGUUGCCCGGUGAGCACUGCAUUCCUCCUUUUUUUAAAAAAA